AUGGAUCGCCUUCAUGUUCCAAUCAUGGCGGAUUCUAUUCUCUCUUCCAUCGCUACUUUUCACACUACCAAAAUCAUAGUCACAGAUCCCACCAUGUACUCCUUCAUUGGAUCUGUUACUGAAACCAUGCUCACUCGUGUCUCUGCAGCGAGUAAUGUUUUGCAUCAAUACAGGAAGAUUUCGUCUUCGGGUCCAAGGGAGCUUACGCUAGCCAUGGUUCGCUCCAUUGAAGAGGCUGACAAGCCAGCGAAAAGGGGCAAGAAAACUAAAACUCAGAAGGAGGCACAUGCUCAACCGAAGAAACAAAAGAAGCCUACUAGGAAGCUCAUACUCCAAUCUUCUAGUGAUUCAGACUCAGAGUAUGUUCCUCCCAAACAUAGGUCUGCUCCUCCUUCAGAAUCUGAGAGUGAAAGCUCUGAUUAUGAGGCUUCAGGUCGAGGUGAUACUCCACCUCGCUCCCCUACCCCAGAAAUUCCAGUUUGCUCCCACCCUCCUUCACCUCCACCUUCAACCAUCCACUACAAUUCCCAUCCUACUCCUAUAUUCACAGACACUACUACCACCACUACUAUCACAAGGGCUCAUUCUACCGCUCCCACUCCACCUGUUACUACCAAACCACCAGUAACAACCAAACCACCUGUCACAACCGAACCUCCAACCACUACCAAACCCUUAUCUCCUACUCCAUCUACUGAAACCACCCAUGUUCUAGGUGGUGAGGACUUGGAAUUUGAUUCCACGUAUUUUAGUCCUUAUCGUGUACAGAGUGAUGAAGAUGAUGAUGAACCUGUUACCAAGAAUCAUCUCAAAACAGUAAACGACAAACUAGAUCAGCUGCUUUCCUCUUCUUCUUCUGGUGCUUACUCUAAAGCUGCAUUAAAGGCCUUGUUCUCAUAUUUUGUUCAAGAACACAGCGCCUCGCUCACUGCUGCAGCUAAGGCUAUUAAAGCCUCCACUUCUUAG